GCUUCAUCAACUCGUUGAUGGUUGACGGUGAAGGUCAAUAUUCGUCAUGGGGCCAUCAUCCCAGGCCUUCCCAUUCCUCACGACAUCGUCGGGGUUUAAUUUCAUUCCAGGAGUGAAUUUCUUUGAUUGGCAACUCGUGCCAACAAGCUCGCAGCGGAUGCAACUUCUGCGGCUCCUAGUGGGAUUUCAGAAGGGUCACCCAUCACCCACAUAGUAGGUUCCACACCGCCAGACAACAGCGGAGCUCGCCUUGCUAUUUGAGCUUCCGGGGCAAGAAUGAAAUCAGCGACCGCACUCUCGGGCUUUGGAAGUGAGACCGCCUCAAGUCUUGGCCCGGAGAUCGGACGGUCGACAACCCAAAAUAGCAUCCGAAAGGGGGAUGUCCGUGCGGAUUCGUCAUUCCGAGCUGGUUCAUCCUAUGCCGGGCCGUCGACAUCGUCAAGACCAUUGUGCGCACUCAAAACACUCACGCGCCGCUUGUUCGAUACCCCGGAGCGUGUGUGCUGAACCCUACCUCGCUGCUGCGUUCUUUCACACCGCUUUCUCGCGUCAAGAUCACGCCGACCUGGACCCUGAAGUUGAAGGAGGAUUUCGGAUUAACACGUGGGAGGGUAGCAGUCGAAUCCUUGAGGUUGCCGCCACCGCCGCCGCCGCCGCCGCCAUCACAGCAACGACAAUAUGCAACGCCAUGACCGAGAGACACGGGCGGACAGUGGGACCGUCGCGUUCUAGCGUGGGGAUAUCGCACUGACGACACCAAACGCUGCUCCGGCGCAGUCAGAAAGGAUACCGCUGCGUCGAUCACCGCAGAUGCAGGUACUCGGGUUGUCGUCGUGAGAUGCAGGACUGACGUGCCUCGUUGACUGGCUUUUCCCAUCCUUUUCCUGAGGCUUUUUGAGACUUCACGGAGGCUGCCCGAUAAUCCUAGGCCGGGAGGAUCGAUCACGGUCAGGAUCACGUUUCAAUUUCUAUCAGCCUCCUCACUUAUGGCGCCGGACCUAGGACAGCAGCAAAGCCGGGAAAUAAGCCAACGCCACAUCGCAAAUACUCCUAAACAAAGACUCUCGGAGGGGUUGAGGCUGGCCUCGCCGGGAGACCAAAAGACCAAAGUAGGUUGGCUCCGCAAGUCUACCCGCCGCUGAGGCACGGUCGGGAAGCUUGGGAUGAAAUUUAAGAAUUCAUUGACCUGCAACGACCCUGAAGCUCUUGAUUCUGCUCAGAUGCCAAGCAGUCUUCUGCUCACGAGUAUGCAGGUAGGUCCUGUCGCCAGUUUCGACGGAGAAAAGAUGUAAAGACACGCACACCUACUGCAUGCUACUGCAUGUCUCGGACGACCACCGCAAGCUGGGGCUUGUUGUAGCGUUGUUGUAUGUUAUAUGUCGCAUCCAACACCGUGGGACGCAAGCGGGCGAAUGUGAGACAGCACACUCAAGUGAGGGUUCUUGGUCAAUCAGCUUCUGGUGUUGAAGCCUUUCCAGGGUGGCAAUCAUCCUGUCCAUCUCGAAAAAGGAUUCUUUUUGUUGUACUAUUUCCAGCCAGCUACCUUAUCAAAACCACACUGGCUGGACCGACCUGUCUCGCCUGCCAACAAUAUGCAAAUCUCCCCCGAAAUUUCCCACCGGCGCUGACCGAUUCCUUCGGCGGACUUCUCCACGGACACCCGCCUCCCCUCCGCCUUCUCACCCUUUCCCCUUUUCAGGAACGAACAAAACCGAGCCUGCUAGCGCGAAGCCUCAAGUCUCUUGGUUCGAUACCCCGACGUCCGGCUCGGCGGGAGCACGGUCAGGGCACGGCCGGCCCGGUGCCACUUAGCCUCCCUGCCUGCGUCUGCUGCUACUCGUCCCCCGCGAGCCAUGCCGUUCUGAACCGUCAGUGGCGCAACGGCUCAGUCACCCACACACCUACUUGGGGGUUCCGGGCGGUAGUGUUGAUAGCCAGAGUUGAUAGGGGUAAGGGCGGGUGGGGGGGAGAAAAGCCUCAAAUCGUCGGAACUCACCAGGCCUGUCGGUCUGAGCGAAGAGGAGACGAGACCUCUAUAAGAAGGUCCUGCUUGGUCUUUGCUCAUCGUGCAUCACCAGCUUCGUUUCUCACUUACCUACCUCCAGUAGUCGACAGAUCCUCAAAUCCCUCCACACCACCAUCAUCUCUUCGCAGAUACACAGCGUCUCAAACCACCCAACAUGCCUUCCACCGUCGUCUCCACCCCCGUCCCCGCCGGCGUUGACAGAGCCGCCGUCCUCUCCGCCAUCCACAACCACGAGCUCAUGGUCAAGACCCUCUGCCCGGCCCUCAUCUCCUACAAGCUUGAGUCCGGCUCCGUCGGCCUCGGCCAGUCCGCCACCUACUCCAUCACGGACAAGAAGCCCAUCGGCCAGACCACCUACCAGCUGACCAUCACCAACCUUGAGGAGGGCGUCGACACCCUUGUCAACGCCAAGCCCCCCGUCGGCACCCUCAUCAUCGCCGGCAAGUGGCGCAUCGUCCAGGAGGCCAGCGGCCUCGUCCUCCGCGAGGAGGUCGACAUCGAUGCCAACGUGCUCAUGAAGAAGAUGGCCAAGGGCAACGUCGAGAAGACCCACCCCGAGCAGCACGCCGCUCUCCUCGUCCAGGCCGGCAAGGCAUAAAUGAUGGACAGUGCGUUGACGACAUGUAUCCCAUUGGUUGAGCUUUUAUCACCUUGGGAAAGCUAGCGGUUCGACCGGCGUUUAAAGGAUUAUGGCAUCUUGUAGAUACGCACCCUACAAAUAAU